GGCCAUAUUGAUAUUUACGUCAUCGUCACCUCCAUCGUCGCUUCAGUUUCUCUACUGUGGCUAGCUGAAGACUCAUCUCUUCGAAAGGCAUCCUUGAUAGUUAUGAGCAUUAUUUAGCGUUCUAGAUCGAAGCAGCAAUGAAAAUGGAUUAGCUGCUAAUUAAGAAUGACCUAACUCUGGAUAUGGGUGUGUAGCUCAACGUUCAGUUAAAAUCUUUCUUUGUGUAACGUGGAUCUAACGUUAAUGUUAGACAUUAUGGAAGCAGACGAACAAGCGAGGAACCGGUUUCAAUCGGAGUUGGAAUUCGUUCAGUGUCUGGCCAAUCCCAAUUACCUGAACUUUCUUGCUCAAAGAGGAUAUCUGCGCGAGAAGGUGUUUGUGAAUUACUUGAAGUACUUGCUUUACUGGAAAGAGCCGGAGUAUGCCAAAUUUCUCAAGUACCCCCACAGCCUACACAUGUUGGAACUACUGCAGUAUGAGCACUUCCGUAAGGAGCUGGUAAACGCGCAGUGCGCCAAGUUCAUCGAUGAGCAGCAGCUCCUGCACUGGCAGCAUUACUCCCGCAAGCGGACUCGUCUUCAGCAGGCACUGGCUGAGCAGCAGCAGCAGCAGCAACCACAGCAGCAGCCUCCACAUGGAAACACUACCUCUAAAUGAAGGGCAGAAGGACAAGGAGACCCAAGACAAAGUGACUAGUUGACCUGGUGUCAUUGAUCAUUCAAGCUGUUGCAAAAGAAGAUGUGUGUAACUCCGUCAUGGCCAUUGAUAUGGACUAGCUUGUUGAAAAUAUUACAUUAAGUGUUACAUUGACAUAAUGAAAUAUAUUACACAUAUACAAAAUUAGCAGUAUCUCCAGUGUAAGACCAUUUCUCUCCCUUUGGUUUUCUGAUAUCUACUGAAGCUAGUUGGCUGAACUAGACAAUGCUGUUGUGUCUUUAGCAAUAGUAAAUCAAUGUUUACAUGUA